UUUGGGCUGAAGGCUCCUCGUUGCACCACUCGCACGGCCACUUCGGCCAUCUCUCUCUGAAUAAAUCCUUCGGCCGAUCCUUCAGAGACUCUCAGUGCCAACACAAGCUGAAGCACCUUCAUAACGGGGCCCGGAUCACGGUGCAGAUGCCUCCGAAUGUGAAGGGCCACUGGGUGUCCACCAGCUGUGAGGUGAGGUCCGGUCCAGAGUUUCUAACUCGUUCCUACAGGUUUUACCCCAACAACACCUUCCAGGCCCACCAGUUCUACUACGAGGACAACCACUGCACCAAACCCGCCUACGUGCUGCUCGUCCACGGCCGGCUGCGCUUACGACAGGCCUCCUGGAUUAUCCGGGGGGGCACGGAGGCAGAGUACCACGUCCAUCACGUCCAGAUAGUGUGUCACACGCCCACCGUGGCCACAGAGCUGAGCCAGAAGCUUAACCGCAGCUGCAGUGGGGCCGUGAGGGGCCCCUGGGAGCCCGGCGUGAUCUACGACCUGUGGAACGAAGAGGGGGGCUACAACUGCUCCAAAGAGCUAAACUUCACCAUGCACGAGCUGCAGCUGCUGCGGGUGGAGAAGCAGUACCUGCAUCACAACCUGGAUCACCUGGUGGAGGAGCUGUUUCUGGGAGACGUCCACACGGAGCCGCCGCAGAGGCUGUUCUACAAACCGUCCAGCUACCAGAUGCCCCUGCAGAACGCCAAG